AUGGAUGCAAAUAUAGGAAGCCUUAUUACUAAUAAAAUUGAAGUUGUUGAAAUAGAUUCCCGAGAUGAAAAUACCCCGGAUAAUUGGGUUCCGCGUCAUCCUGAGAUGGUAAGGUUAACCGGUAAACACCCUUUUAAUGCUGAAUCCCCAUUAUCCUUAUUAUUGAAGCAAGGUUUCAUCACCCCAACUCCAUUACAUUACGUACGAAAUCAUGGACCUGUUCCUAAACUUUCUUGGGACACUCAUCGUUUAAUAGUUGAUGGCCUUGUAAAAAAUCCUUUAAAUUUGUCCAUGGAUGAAAUUGCAAGUCUCCCUUAUUUGGAAUUUCCCCUGACUAUGGUUUGUGCCGGAAAUCGUAGAAAAGAACAAAAUAUGAUUAAACAAACUAUUGGUUUCAAUUGGGGGGCAGCUGCAGUCAGCAAUGCAAUCUGGAAAGGAGUACCAUUACGUCACAUUCUAGAAUUGGCUGGAGUUAAAUACGAUCCUAAGCAACCUCGUUAUGUAUGUUUCGAAGGUGUCGAUAAAUUACCUAAUGGUGUAUAUGGUACAAGUCUUCCAUUAGAAUGGGUGAUGAAUGAAGCAAAUGAUAUUAUAUUGGCCUAUGGAAUGAAUGGAGAAAGGCUAACACCUGAUCAUGGAUUCCCUAUACGUUCAAUUUUACCUGGAUACAUUGGUGGACGAACUGUUAAAUGGUUAGGAAAAGUAAGUAUAAGUGAUAAAGAAUCUGACAGUCACUAUCACUUCCUAGACAAUCGAGUACUUCCUCCAGAAUAUGACGCAGAACGAGCCACUAAGGAGAGAAUUUGGUAUAACCCAAAUUAUAUCAUUUAUAAACUCAACAUUAAUUCAGCUAUAGAAUCUCCGGCACAUGAUGAAAAAAUCGUGAUUUCAAAUUUAGCACGUAAUGCUGAAUAUACAGUUAAGGGAUACGCAUAUAUCGGAAAUGGUGUAAAAUGUAUACGUGUAGAAAUAUCUUUGGAUCGUGGAAAAACAUGGUUACUUACCAAGCUCACACAACCAGAACUUGAAUUUCCUCUUGUAAAAAAACGAGGAAUGGAUCCAUUACCAAGAUUUUGGUGUUGGACUUUUUGGGAGUUAACAAUUCCGAUACAAUCAUUGAUCAGGUGCGAAGAGAUUUCUGUACGAGCUUGGGAUUCUAAUCAGAACACACAACCACGUGAACCAACAUGGAAUGUUAUGGGAAUGAUGAAUAAUUGUCAUUUUAAAGUAAAAGUUCAUCCAUUUAUUGAAAACAACGAGUUUGGAUUGAGAUUUGAGCAUCCGACUCAACCUGGUAACCUUCCCGGAGGAUGGAUGGUUAGGAAAAAAGAAGAGGAGACCAAAAAGGAAGCUAAAGAUGAUAAAAAAACCAAAACUCCUCCAAGUAAAGCAGCAGCAAAAAAAAUCUUUACUAUGGGUCAAGUUUCCAAACAUAAUAAUGAAAAUGACUGUUGGAUAGUUAUUGCCAAUAAAGUCUAUGAUGCAACAAAUUUCUUGAAAGAUCAUCCCGGUGGAACUGAUGUUACAGAAGAAUUUAAUGAUAUUCAUUCUGAGAAAGCAAAAGAAAAAUUAAAUGAAUUUUAUGUGGGUGAUCUUGCUACAGGCAAAGAAACCCAAAAAUCUAAAUUAUGA